CCUCCACUGCAGUGGGUCAACGGUGUGCAGGUGAUGGAGCAUGAGGGCGGACACCUCCCCUUCGAAGCUGAGAUCGGCCGGCUCCUCCGCGGGGCCCCCGGCCAGCCCUGCCGCAUCACCAUUGCAGUCAACAACACCCUGACGCCCUCCACGCUGCCCCCCGGGACCAUCCAGUACCUGACGGACGAGACCAUGUACCCCAAGGGCUACUUUGUCCAAAACACGAAGUUUGACUUCUUCAACUAUGCCGGGAUCCACCGCCCCGUCCUGCUGUACACAACCCCGGCCGCAUACAUCGAAGACAUCACGGUGACCACAGACGUGCUGGGAAACACAGGCUUGGUCCAGUAUUUGGUCUCGGUCCAGGGAAGCUCACACUACUCCCUGAAGCUGACUUUGCACGAUGGGGACGGCGUGGUGGUGGCCACGGGAGACGGGCCGAGUGGGGAACUGAGGGUGCCGGAUCCCAUCCUGUGGUGGCCGUACCUGAUGCACGAGCGCCCCGGAUACCUGUACUCCUUAAAGGUCGUGCUCUCCGCCAAAGAGGGCGGCCGCCUCUCCGAGGACAGCUACACGCAGCCCGUCGGCAUCCGGACCGUCCGCGUCACCGACACCCAGUUCCUCCUCAAUGGGAAGCCCUUCUACUUCCACGGGGUCAACAAGCACGAGGAUGCGGACAUCCGCGGCAAAGGCCUGGACUGGCCGCUGCUCCUGAAGGAUUUCAGCCUGCUGCGCUGGCUGGGCGCCAACACCUUCCGCACCAGCCACUACCCCUACGCCGAGGAGGUCCUGGAGCUGUGCGACGCCUACGGCAUCGUGGUGAUCGACGAGUGCCCGGCCGUGGGCAUGAGGGACAGCACCAACUUUGGGAACGCGUCCCUGCAGCACCACCUCGCCGUGAUGGAGGAGCUGAUCCAGCGGGACAAGAACCACCCCUCGGUCGUGAUGUGGUCCGUCGCCAACGAGCCGGCCUCGGAGCUGCCCGCCACCGCCUACUACUUCAAGACGGUGAUCGCCCACACCAAGGCCUUGGACGCCUCCCGGCCAGUCACCUUCGUCUCGAACGCCAACUACGCGCGGGACCAGGGGGCGCCUUACGUGGACGUCAUCUGCGUGAACAGCUACUUCUCCUGGUACCAUGACCCGGGGCACCUGGAGGUGAUUCAGCUGCAGCUCAACACACAGUUUGAGAACUGGUACGGUCUUCACCGGAAGCCCAUCAUCCAGAGCGAGUAUGGCGCGGACGCCGUCGCUGGCCUGCACGCCGACCCCCCUCUCAUGUUCUCCGAGGAGUACCAGUCCGCGGUGCUGAAGGAGUACCAUGCAGUCUUGGACCAAAAGAGGAAGGAGUAUGUGAUCGGAGAGCUCAUCUGGAAUUUUGCUGAUUUUAUGACUGAGCAAGGGACAACACGUGUCUUGGGCAACAAGAAAGGGAUUUUCACUCGCCAGCGGCAGCCCAAGCCAGCCGCCUUUCUGCUGAAGGAGAGAUACUGGAGGCUUGCCAAUGAGUCCCGCACGCUCCUGCGAGCCAACCGUGACCACCUCUGCCUGCCCUAAGCGCAGGCGAACUGGAAGGUGCUGCGGAAUUGGCUCAGAUCCACAAAACAGGGCCGUUCUCCAUGAUCAGGAGCAAGAACAAACGGUGUUUCUUUCUGCUGGAAAAUCGACACCAGCAAAGCCAUGACCUGGACUGCUGGCCGCCACUGGCCGCUGGGCUACAGGGCAGCUGGCGCAUUCCAGAGUCGACGGAGCGGCCUUCUUCAUUUUGAAGAGCGGCUUUCCAUACUCCAAUGAGCACAUUUCCAUUUUCUUUUUCAAAAUCACAUUAGACUUGCUAAGACAAUUGUCACAGUCAUUAGAUUCCUGAGUAGGUUUUAGUCUUUUCUCUAUGUAAGUUAUAUGUAUUAUCUAACUUUGAUGGGCACCCUCAGUGCAAGGGAAACGAGCACAGGCAGACACAGGGAAAAGGGCACGAGGCAUGUGCUUCAGCCUUCCCUUCCCUUCCCUUCCCACACACAGGUUUGGCGAGAGGUCGGCACUAAUUCCUGCUUUGGGUUGUACAAGUUCUGGGUUCUUGUAAUGCAUGCAUCCAGCCACUGUAGCAGAACCCUAUCACUAACCAUGGACAACCCAGGAAAAGAACUCAUGGCUUGUAAUUGGACUGUGAGAUCUAAUGUUCACAAUGUUGACUUUCUUCUUGCGGCUUAGCGCUCAAGAACAAAGUUGGCAGGGGGAACAGAAGCGGACCACGGUAGAUGACAAAACACUCAGCAAAGCUGUCCACAGGUAAUUUCUACAUUUAUUUUUAUACCAAAAAAGUUAUGUGCAACAAAUAAACAUUCUUACAUUA